GACUGGGAGGAGGAAGGCAAAUCGAGUGACCGACAGACCCUCCCUUCCCUCUGUGUGGGUCGGGCGCAGCUGAUUCGCUUGUCGUCCCCUCCCCAACAGUAUGUUUUGGGAGUUGCUGUGAACAAAAUUGAGGGGCUGAACAAGAUUUAAAAAAACACACCAAGCCUAGGGGGCUUUGUAACACCUCUCCAACCCCAAAUUCCAGUCUUUCCCUUGGAUGCCCUCCUCAAUACCCUUGUCUUCGACAUAAGGAACUAGAAGCGCCCUGAUCCUUGGCUGUAGGGCUAAUCCUGGAGGAUCUGUUUGGAAAAGCGAGGUAGAUUAGGUAUUCUCGUCGCCAACUGCUCCCUUUCUGGAAUAAGGGUUUGUUUUGCUUUUUUCCAGGAGUGGAAAAGAGAACCCGACCCUUAGGCAUGUUUUCUCGGAAGUAGUCCCUUUUGGGACUUACUUCCAAAGAAUUGUGCGUGGAUUGCAGCCUGAAGGGGACUGACUAUAAUUCCUGGGUCUUACUCGCCGUUAGAGACUGAGGGCUAUAAAAAGCCUGCCUUCUCUAUCAGGUCUGAGCGCUGGGAUAUAAGAAAUAAUGGGAGAGUAUCUGCGAGCAUGUGCAAACUACUCCUUAAGUUAUGAAUCGAACAACCACAACCGAUCUCCGUGCAUCUGCGACUAGGAGGAGAGGUUGCAAGGUAUGGCCUCACAAGUCUUGGUCUAUCCACCAUAUGUUUAUCAAACUCAGUCAAGUGCCUUUUGUAGUGUAAAGAAACUAAAAGUGGAACCAAGUAGUUGUGUGUACCAUGAAAGAAUCUACCCACGGAUCUACGUGAAUGAUAAAUUUUUUGGAAUUGCUCAGACUCCCAGCAGAGUUGGUACUUUGUUGCAGGCUACCAGCCUAUUUGACAGACCUCAAAGAGAGACUUUUUUGUUGCAGACGAGCGCUGUUGCUUUAAAAAAUAUUGCAGGUGCUACAAAGAUAUUAGCAGUGCGGGCACAGCAACCUCAAGUGGAAGCACCUUGGACUGAGAUUCAGGAAAGUGGCUUAAACGUCUUGGACCGCCCCCAGCGAUGUGGACUGAAGCGUAAGAGUGAAGAGCUGGAGAAUCAAAGUGGCGCAAUGCAGAUUGUUGAUGAACUGCCUAUGUUGCCUGCAAUGUUGCAAACAAACUUGGGAAACCCAAUGACGGUUGUGACCGCUACUGCAACUUCAAAACCAAGUGGUACCAAUGGCGAUGGAGAUUAUCAAUUAGUGCAUCAUGAGAUGUUAUGCUCUGUGAAAAAUACUUAUGAGGUUCUUGAUUUCCUUGGGCGAGGGACUUUUGGACAAGUAGUAAAAUGCUGGAAAAGAGGGACAAAUGAAAUAGUGGCAAUCAAAAUUCUAAAGAACCAUCCAUCUUAUGCACGCCAAGGACAAAUAGAAGUGAGCAUAUUAGCAAGACUGAGUACUGAGAAUGCUGAUGAGUUUAACUUUGUGAGAGCGUAUGAGUGCUUUCAGCAUUGUAACCAUACUUGCUUAGUUUUUGAGAUGUUGGAACAGAAUUUAUAUGACUUUCUGAAGCAAAAUAAAUUUAGUCCCCUUCGGCUAAAAGUAAUACGGCCUAUUCUGCAACAGGUGGCCACUGCACUGAAAAAACUAAAAAGUCUUGGUUUAAUACAUGCUGACCUCAAGCCAGAAAAUAUUAUGUUGGUGGAUCCUGCCCGGCAGCCAUACAGAGUUAAGGUAAUAGACUUCGGGUCUGCUAGCCACGUGUCAAAGACUGUCUGUUCAACAUAUUUGCAGUCUCGGUACUACAGAGCACCAGAAAUCAUAUUAGGUUUGCCGUUUUGUGAAGCCAUAGACAUGUGGUCACUGGGCUGUGUUAUCGCUGAACUGUUCCUUGGAUGGCCACUGUAUCCAGGAGCCCUCGAAUAUGACCAGAUUCGUUACAUUUCACAGACACAAGGCUUGCCUCCAGAGCAAUUGUUGAACAUUGGAACAAAGACCACACGAUUUUUCUGUAAAGAAACAAGUGCACCAUAUUCUAGUUGGAGAUUGAAGACACUGGAAGAACAUGAAGGAGAGACAGGGAUGAAAUCUAAAGAGGCCCGAAAGUACAUUUUCAGCAGUUUGGAUGAUAUAGUGAAUGUGAACAUGGUGAUGGAUUUAGAAGGAAGUGACCUGUUGGCAGAGAAAGCAGACAGAAGAGAGUUUGUCAGCCUGUUGAAGAAAAUGCUGUUGAUAGAUGCUGACUUAAGAAUCACUCCAGUUGACACACUGAACCAUCCUUUUGUUACCAUGAAGCACCUCCUUGAUUUUCCUCAUAGCAACCAAGUAAAAUCCUGCUUUCAUAUCAUGGACAUUUGCAAGUACCGAACAAAUUCGUAUGAUACAAAUAAUCGCAAUAAAACAAUGCAUCUAAGACCAAUUGCUUCAGGCAAUGCACCAAGUCUGCCUGCUAAUUUUGCCAAGAUUGCUGCAGUACAAAGUCAGGCAUUAGCUGCAUCUGCCCAUUCAGUUAUGCACCAUGGAAUACCACUACAGACAGGAACUGCUCAGUAUGGUUGCAAUGAUGCUUUUCAUCAAACAUUAAUUAUAUGCCCCCCUACUAUCCAAGGAGUUCCUGGUAAUCAUGGGAAGCCCAAUGGUUAUUCUGUCAGAGUAGAUAAUGCAGUGCCAUUGGUCACGCAGGCCCCAACCCUACAGCCUCUCCAGAUAAGAGGAGUCCUUUCUCAGACAUGGUCUAACAGAACUCAGCAAAUAUUGCUUCCAGCAUGGCAACAAGUAACUCCUGUGGCUCCUACAACACUAGCUUCUGAUACUGUGGCUGGCCCACAGAGACUUGGAGACUGGGGGAAGUUGAUUCCGCAUGGCAACCAUUACAACUCGAUGAUGACACAGUCUCUCUUAACAAAUCAAAUAACCUUAUCUGCUCCUCAGCCUAUCAGUGUGGGCAUUGCACAUGUAGUCUGGCCUCAGCCCACGCCUACCAAGAGAAAUAAAGUGGGCCAGAACAGGAGUAAUUUGUUACAAAAUACCAAUAUCCAAAAUUCAGCAUUUGUGUCUCCAAAGAUAAUUAAUGGAAAAGUUGGUGACAAACUCAGCUGUGUAGAAACACAGGACAAUCGUAACUCAGCCAUUCAGAAAAGCAAUUGUUGCAAACCAUUGAUCAGGCAGGACCCUGAUUCAUCUGUUUCAAACAAACAACGCCAGGCUAUCAUUAUUGCAGAUUCCCCAAGUCCAGCAGUCAGUGUGAUUACCAUCAGCAGUGACACUGAUGAUGAAGAUGUGGCACAAAGACAUUCUCUUGCAGAAUGUAAAGGUAGCUUAGAUUGUGAAGCUUGCCAGAGUACGCUAAAUAUUGACCGUGUGUGUUCGUUAAGCAGUCCUGACAGCACUUUGAGCACUAGCUCUUCCGGACAAUCCAGUCCAUCCCCCUGCAAAAGACCCAACAGUAUGUCAGAUGAUGAACAAGAAAGCGGCUGUGAUACUGUGGAUGGUUCUCCCAGUUCAGACUCUUCUGGUCACGACAGCCCAUUCCUAGAAAAUAGUUUUGCAGAAGACGCCAAUGAAAACCCAGAAACAAGAACCUCAGCUAACUUGGAAGCUAAACCAGCUGUCUGUACUGUGAUGGUGCCACCAAUGAGGGUAGAGAACAGGUUAAAUGUAGAUGAGCAAAUGACAAAUGCAGUUACCCCCUGUCAACCACUGGUAAAACGCCGAUCUGCCCGCAUAAAAACAAACCAUCCUUCUGGCUUGGGCAAUCGUCAACGAAAACUGAUAUCAGCAUUCCAUCAGCAGCAGUCAAACCUUAGUCAGGUUCAACACUUUGGAUCUGGGUCUCAGGAGUGGAAUGGAAACUGUGGUCAUUGGAGACAGCAGACAUAUAUCCCAGCUAAUGUUGCCAGUCAUGCAUUUUCCCUUCAACAUGGAAGCCCCACUCAUACCUCAGUUCACGCACAUUUGGCUGGAAGUACACAUCUUGGAGGACAGCCUGCUAUUCUACCUUAUCCUUCAUCUGCACCCCUCAGUACUGCUGCUCCUGUUGCCCACAUCCUAGCCUCACCAUGUACCUCAAGACCGAUCUUACAGCAUCCCACUUACAGUUUCUCCCAUCACAGUGGCAUAGUUCACCAGGUCCCAGUGGGCAUAAAUCCCCGACUGCUACCUUCUCCAACCAUCCAUCAGACUCAGUACAAACCAAUUUUCCCACCACAUUCUUACAUUGCAUCACCUGCUUAUACAGGAUUUCCAUUGAGUCCAACAAAACUCAGCCAGUAUCCAUUUAUGUGAGAACUCAAGUAUGCGGACAAAGCUCAGUGAUACAUACAUGUGGUUUGAGAGGAAAACAUGGUAUUUAAUAAAUAUUAGCCAUGGCACAACAAAAAAUUAUUUUUUUUAAUCUUGUUAGACUUGGGUGCAAUUUAAACAACCUUGAGCUUUAACUCACUUUUAAUGUGUUUUUGCACAUUUGGUAUAAAUUUGUCUUUCGUCAUGUUAUCUUCUUAUAGAGUAACUCCAGACAGGUGACUUAUGGGAGCAGGAAUCCAGUUUUGCUCCUACUAUUUUUUAUAAAAUUGCCUUCUAACUAGUGCGAGACGCAUCUACAUUUGGGAAGCCAUUGUGUGUACAGAUUUAGAGCAACAGAUGCACAUGUGUCAUCAGUAUCAUGUAUGAAUAACUUGUUUGUAUUAUGUAUCUUGAUGUUCAGUGUCAAGUCACUUAUCUAAAAAGGUUGAGCUGUUCUUCACAUUGCAUGUGUCCUUUGCAUGGGCAAAAACAAAGUUGCCUAGAAAUUUGCUCUUAAAUGUUGGUGUCCUAAUAAUCUCAGCUGCAUUGUGAACUGUUCCCACACAUAGUGCCUUAAAUAUUUGAGGUUGUUAAUGUUACUAUAUUAUAAAUGUUGAGGACUACAGCACUUAACAUUCAGUUUUGCUGAUUAUUUGAUAGAGUUAUGCGCUCUCUUUUUUUAUUUGUGUGUGGUAUGAUUUUGGUAUUGGUUGUGAUUUCUUUAUCUAACGGACAGCAUGUUUUGCUGUAGCUGAAUUCUGCUGUCUGAUAUUUCCCCCCAAGAAUGAUCAGCUUCAUGGAAAGCAUUUUGUAGUGCUUAGGAAAAGGUGAUUCAGUAGCUGUUAAAUAAAAAAUGGUGUUUUAUACUGUUCAGUGGAACUGCAAUACAAUCGAAGUAGUUUAUUUUUGAAGUGUUUAUGUCCAAUUGGGUUUAAUAACCUGUUUAGAGGUGCAGUAGGCAUGACCUGGCUAGAUUAUGAAAGAAAAAAAGCAAAAUGCUCAUUGAUUCAUGCUGUGGUUUCAUCUUAGCUUGAGCAAACCAUGCAGUAUUUAAUAAAUAGUAGCAGAAUAUUUACUAUUGAAGCUUGAAAAGAUGUGAGUACUUUGUGUGCAAUUUUUCAUUUAUGCAUGGGAGAGAUGUUAGCCUUUUUACAUUCUGGUAUUUGUUCUAGCCUUUUGGGGUAUUUUCUUAUUUAAUACAUUCCGUCAGGGACAAUAAUUACAUGCAUUUUUUUCUUAGGAAGUGCAUCUUUUCUGUGUGUUCUUGUUCAAAUAAAAUUGCUUUUGCAGCACCAAAGACUUAAUCAUCCUUUUCCUAUAAAAGGUAGCUACUUUUUCAUAGACCUCGUGUAGUGUUAGGGAUGGGUUUAAAGGAGGGUAUUAAAGUGAGAUUGUAUUCUAGCUCUUGAGGCAAAUAAUAAAUUGUAUCAUUUAUCUUGAAUGUAUCAUAGAUAAGCUGCUAUGUAAUGAUUGCCACUUCAAAUAGCUGUGAAAUUAGGUGAUUUAACUAGUUCUUAGCAUUCUAAUUUCUGUAUAAGUCUAAUUACAUGAAAUGGAAGUAUGGCGUUGAUUUUGUUUUUGUUUGCUUUCAUGUUUGGAGUGUUGUAACUACUAUAUUGUAAAUGAUGGAAGACAAUUGCAUAUGUUAUUUUGGGGUGUGUUACUUGCAUCAGUAUUUUAUCUCCAUUAACGAUCAUUGCAUAUAAAUGGGUGUAUCCAUGUAAUUUAAUUUUAUGUGUUCAUAUUGACAUUGCAUAGACACUUAAGAAAACUAUCUUGGUGGCUUGACUUAACUUUUUUUUAUAUAAACAAAGUUUCUGGAAUACAGUUCUUGCAACAUAGACUGGAAUAGGAGUGCAAAGAGUUUCUCUCAAGCACAAUUCUAGGCAUGUUUACUUAAAUGUAAAUCCCAUUGAAUUCUGUGGGCCUUACUUCUAGGAAAAUGUGAGGAUUGCUGCCUCAGCAGCCUAACAGCUGACAGAGGUUUUUCUUUGCUCCAUUAACACAAGCAGUGUUUUAUUUAAUGAAUGUCUAAGUGAAAAAAUGUGCCUACAUUUAAUUUACUUUUCAGGACUCAAAUACAGCAGUAUUAGUUAUCAGAAACCAAAACCAGCAAUACAUUUUAAUGGCUGAGUAUGGAAAAAAAAACUCGUAACCUUUUCCUGCAACUCUUGGGCCACAAUCAGGGAACCUCAGUUCACCAUGGCCAGUGGGACUUUUUUUUAAAAAAAAAGUUUUAAAAAAGCAGACCCAGUAGUGUACAACAAAUCACUUAUAAAACUUUGAAAAGCUUAAAAUCAGUUUGUGAUAAUAGCAUGGAACACCUGCUGUUCAAAUAAAAAGAGUUAAAAAGUCCCGCAGAGUGCAAGCAAACUCUUGGGCAUACCUAGAGGGCAGUGUGCUGGGUUGUGGCUUCAGUGCUUUUUCAUAAACAAUUUUAUGCAUUUUGUAUGAAUACAAAUGUGUGUCCGUCUCUCUCUCUCUCUCUCUCUCUCUCUCCCUCUCAAAUGAAAACAAUAACUAUUUAAUCUGAAAUCUUUCCAGCAUAUUUUAAAGCAGAUGAAAUCAAGAAAUUAAUCAGAUUUUUAACAUUUAUUGGUUCAGCAAAUUCCUUUUCUUCUGUUAACCGCUUGGUGUUGAGAAUGGGUUUUCUUGGUGCUAUUUUCAUUGCUGGCAAUGGACUCAUCAGGAGCCAUAGCACCAGACAUUAGCUUACUUUUUCUAUAAUGAUCACCAUUUUUUUAAAAAAAACUCUUAAUUUACUUUGCAUUUUCUUGCUCUAAAGUAUUUGCUAUGCUUUUAAAUUGUGCUUGGGAUAUAAAGCUAAUGUACUUGGUACAUUAUACCAGGUUAAACAUGAAACCUAUCAAUAUACCCCAAAUGAAGUCUCUGGUUCCUAACAUAUUGUAAAAGAGCAAAUGUUUUUUACUUUUCAGAAGUGAUAAACAAGACCUGCCACAAUCAAUACUGAGUAUAAUGUGCUGCUUUACAGCAACUUCUGUAAUGAGCAUUGCAAUGAAGGAACAGACCUUUUGCUCUCUCUCAGGCUAUAAUCUACAAUUGCACUCUGAAGCAGUUCUGUUAACUCUGGUUGCAGUGGAUAAGUUUAGCUGGGGAAUAACUUAACAUGGUUGAUGCGGCUUUGGACGGCUAAGGAUCUGUCCAGAAAAGACAAGGGUGUAAAUCUGUGGUCAAAGUAAUCUGAUAUAUACAUCUUACUCUUUUAAUGCCUUUUAAAUAAAACACUGCAAAACAAUAAAAUCGCAUACUAUUUUUAAUUUGGAAAUUAAUUUUUAUAUGAAUCCCUUAUAUUCAGUUUUUAACUUUAAUUCAGGGUGUGUUAUUGAUCAAAUAUACUACUGUAUUAACUAAUUAUUUGGUUUGUAAUUUUUAAAUAUUCUGUAUUUACUGCUAAUUUUAACUUGGUUUGUGUUAAGUAAAAGCUAAAAUCACACUGCAAGCUGUAGAAAGAUUUGUUUUAGAACUAAUACAGAUUUGGUUACUAAGUUUGAACUGUUACAGUUUUAACAAUUAUUUGUAGACUUGUGGCUUUUUUGUUCUUGAUUUCUGUGCUACACUAGUUUGCCAUGUAGCAAUUGCACUGUGCAAUAUUACAAUAAGAGGACUGGGAAAAUUUUUAUGGAUGUAAUGUUUCCUACAGUUUGCGAUAGUAUUUCUCUCUAGUUCUCAGUGAUUUAAAUAUGACCAAGCCUUCUGUACUUUGUCACAAAAAGCGGGUUUUCCAGGUGACUAUUUUGGUGAGUGUCAAAAUAAGAAUUUAUGGUGUAUUACUGUCAAGAUUCACUUUGAAUUAAAAUAUAUAUUGCAGCAA